AUGGCGAAGCUGCGGAGAGGGACACGGGUCCUCGGCCGAAGGGCCCCGAGCAGCGUGCCCGCCUGUCGGGGCCCUCGGGAGCGACUCGCAGGUCCCCCGGCACUCGCGGACCCGGCUGCGUUCGCGUCCGCGUCCCGGGCCCAGCGCCGAGCGCCGAGCAGGCAGCGUUCCCGCGGCCCGGCCCGACUGGGCGGCCCCCCGCGGGGCGCGCUCACCCCGGUCCCGGCGAGCGGAAGGGAGCUCCGGCCGACUGCGCACCCCACGGCGGUGCUGGGCAUCAACGGCCCGGACGCCCCCAGAUCCUACCGGGAAGGACAAGGUGGAGGAUCAGGAAGGGAACUGCCUAGGGUCCGGGAGCUGACCCAGUCCUCUAUCAGACAGCAGGCUCUCCGGGUUCAGGGGUUGUGUCUCCUCCAUCAGACUGGGGACUCCUACUUAGCCCUUACUAUCUUUAGCCAGGGAGAUAUUUAUAUCCCCCAGGGAAUCUUUUGCCGCUGCGGGGGAGCCCGAGUUGGUAGCCGCUGCAUCCGGGCCUUCAGAGGCCGCCUCCGCCCGCUUGGGCUGGCCAUGCCGGAGGCUCUGGUGCAGGUGUGGGUGGGCACCCAUCUCUUCAAGGCCGAGCGAGCCCUCCUUGUGGAGCACUGUGGCUUUUUCCGGGGCCUCUUCCGCUCGGGCAUGCGGGAGGCGCGCACAGCUGAGGUGCGCUUGGGCGUGCUGAGGCCGGAAGGCUUCUACAUCACGCUGCAGGUGCUGCGCGGCGAGCGGCCGGCGCUGGCGGCCGCCGACGAGCUGCUGCAGGCUGUGGAGUGCGCCGCCUUCCUGCAGGCGCCGGCGCUGGCACGCUUUCUGCAGCACAGCCUCACGUCGGACAACUGCGCGCUGCUCUGCGACGCGGCCGCCACCUUCGGGCUGCACGACGUCUUCCACAGCGCCGCGCUCUUCAUCCGGGACGGCGCGCGCGAGUUGGCGGCCCUGCUGGCGUUGCCAGAGACCCGCGCCUACGUGGCGGCGCUGAGGCCCAGCAGCUACGUGGCGGUGAGCACACACGCGCCGACGCCCGGCUUCCUGGAGGACGCGUCGCGCACCAUCUGCUACCUGGACGAGGAGGCGAACAGGUGGCGCACGCUGGCCGCGCUGCCCCUGGAGGCCAGCACGCUACUGGCUGGCGUGGCCACGCUGGGCAACAAGCUCUAUAUCGUGGGGGGCGUGCGGGGAGCCAACAAGGAGGUUGUGGAGCUGGGCUUCUGCUACGACCCCGACGGCGGCACGUGGCGCGAGUUCCCCAGCCCUCACCAGCCGCGCUACGACACGGCGCUGGCCGGCUUCGACGAUCACCUCUACGCCAUCGGUGGCGAGUUCCAGAGGACUGCCAUGAGCUCGGUGGAGCGCUACGACCCGGCCGCCGGCUGCUGGAGCUUCGUGGCCGACCUGCCACAGCCGGCCGCGGGCGUGCCCUGCGCCCAGGCCCGCGGCCGCCUCUUCGUGUGUCUCUGGCGGCCGGCCGAUACCACGGCAGUGGUGGAAUACUCGGUGCGGGCCGAUGACUGGCUGCCUGUGGCAGACCUGCGGCGCCCCCAGAGCUACGGCCACUGCAUGGUGGCUCACCGCGACUGUCUCUACGUGGUGCGUAACGGACCCAAGGACGACUUCCUGCACUGCGCCAUUGACUGCCUCAACCUGGCCACGGGCCAGUGGACAGCGCUGCCCGGUCAGUUCGUCAACAGCAAGGGCGCACUCUUCACGGCUGUAGUGCGCGGCGACACCGUCUAUACGGUCAACCGCGUGUUCACGCUGCUCUAUGCCAUCGAGGGCGGCACCUGGCGGCUGCUAAGGGAGAGAGCCGGCUUCCCGCGGCCCGGCUCCUUGCAGACCUUUCUCCUGAGGCUCCCUUCCGGUACCCGGGGACCUGUGGCCUCGACGACGCCAGAACUAUGACCCCUGGGCUGGGCUUGAGGAGGGGAUGCCCAGGAUCUUCCGUGAGCCAUGGCUGAGUCUGUGAGGCUGGCCUUAGGAGCUGGGAACUUUUCUGUCCCCACCCUCCCAAACCCCAUUGAGACAUCCAGGUCUUGUGCCUUCUGGUGGUGUGAACACAUCCAAGGAUCUCAUGAAGCAACAACUCUGGGAUGUCAGCCCUCAAACUGCUUGGGCUCUCUUGAGAGUUGGUGGGUCGCAAUGUCAGUGGAAGGGAUGGGGAGGGGAGGAUUUCAAUAAUCUAGGCUUGUGUGUAAAUGGGCCAGUAAUUGAGCAAGGCUGGGAGUUUGUUAAGUGAUGUUAAACUGGCAAUCAAUAGGCAAGAAUUAGGCACCUACUGUGUACCCAGCGCAGUCCUGGGCUUAAUAUGGCUGUAGUUGCCAGAUGGGGGUCCACAAAGCUUAGAGUCUAGCCCAGGACAACAAAAGGUUUACAUACACUUGUCUUAAUCCACAGAGGGCUGAAGGCAAUAUAGAAGGGAAAAAAAAAAAAAAAAACCCACCACCACCAAACCCCACAAUAAAGUACUGAAAAAAUUAGGGCAAAGGGAAAAUAGGAAGAGGAAAAAAUACAUUAUUCCAGGAAGGAGGGUAGUAAACAAACUGUAUGAAGAAAGCAAGCAUGAUAAUUAGCUGCUGAAAGGGGAAGUUCAGAAAA